AUGGGCAAUGUUGCUGGCGGUGGCGAUGGCAGUGGCCGUCCCACCCUGCGCAUGGGCAUAAGAUCCCCUUACCCGGCUGGCGUGUCAACAUCGCCGACAGCAUCGGGCUGUCCUGCCGAUGACGGCGCGGACGGUGUCGAAUGGGUUGUAAGCUACAGCCCCCGAGGUGAAGAGCCUCGGCAGGUUGCAACUGCGACUGUGGACGUGUCGCACCUGGCGCUGGAUUGCAGUGACCCACGGGUCACCUCGGGGCCGCCACGAGAGCUGUCCGUGUUUGUGCAGGUGGAGGUCGGCGCCCAGAGCGCUCUAGCGGACGGAAUGGCAGACUCAGACAGAAAGCGCUGCACCUAG